AUGGAUAUGUCUACUCAAAUACCCAUGGUUGGAUACUUCAUCUACCGCUCGAGCGAGCAAGCCGAUCCUACCGCUCUCGAGUUCUGCCCUCCCAAAGGUUCCGAUGAACUCUUCUUCGCUCUGAAGACCGCCUUCCCUCACGUCAAGACCCACUCGGACCGCAUGAGAAAUGCAGUCAUCGACUUUCUCAAGCAGGAGCUUAAUGAAGAACAAUCUCAAAUGACAACUCCUGUCAUUCCCCUGGACGCCGACCUGUCUUGCGAUAUCCCCACCGAAUCCCCUUGGCGGCCUUCCAUGGACUCUACUACCUCUACUCUCAGCAGCCCCGAUCUCUUCAACAUGGCUACUCCUGCAUCAAUGUCCUCGUCCCACGCUCCCACAAUGAGCCGUCAAAACUCUUCUUCCCAACCUAGCACCACCCAAAAAGCUAAGCCUGGACUCGAAGAGAUGACCGGUGUCUUCAGCUUGUCAUCGACCUCUCAACCUAAGACCCGUGUACGCAGGAAGAUGACCGAGGCCGAAAAGCAAGAGUACCGCAAGCGCCGUAUCGUCAAAGCAUGCGACUCGUGCAGCAAGCGUAAGCGAAAGUGCUCUCACAAUCAACCUGAAAUGGAGAAGCUUCGCUCAUCCAAGGUCACGAAGCCGAGAACAACAGCAUCGAACAUCAACUUGGCAUGUGUUGAGCAAAUUGAGAAGGCCAUCUUCCAGCCUGCAGAACCUUCUAUCGUCGACGAAGACCCCUUCAUGUUCCUUAAUCAGAACAUGUUCAGCGAGCUUCCCGUCACUGAUGACUUCAUCUUCGACACUGCUACAAUUGCUCAAGUUCCCCAACAAACUACCUGGCCUUGGAGUGAUACUGCUGACUGGACUCUUAUUGACACUCCUCUACUCGGCCAAGCAUCACCAUCCUCUCCAUCCCGACAACAAGCACUGUUCCCUGCCUCAAGUGGCCUCCUUUCGCCGCAGCCGACACCGCAAGUAGAACUGAUACACGAGCCGGCCGAACAAUUACGGGCCUCAGAACUACCAACUACGACGCAAACGCCAACCCGAACGUGGCGUACGUUCUCAGACUUCUCUCGUACAGCCUUCUCCACCGCCGACGGCCUCGACGGCAAAGAACAAUCUGCCUUUAUGGGUCUCUCAAGUCCAGGCGACAUGGUGUCGCCUGCUCAAUCGCGUAAUGUACACUCUCCUCUGGCAACUCUUACCGGCACUCAAUCUUCUUUCUCUCUUGGCGGCUCGGCCAUUUCCUGUGGCAGCGACAAGAUGCUACCACAGUUCGUUCCACAGGUCUAUGGCCUAAGCGAAAGUGUUUGUCGCACUGAAGCACCACGAAUUAGGCGAGGUCCUAGUGAUGGCAUUGCUAGCAUUGCUAGCAAGGGACUCAUCGGUGGACUCGACCAAGUAAACUCACAACAAACAAACAAUGGUCAAAAUGGUGCAGGACAACACUUCGUACUGACCGAAAACAAUGCAACGUCUCCCACGACAAUGGCGGGAGACCGAUAUAUCGGGAACUCAAGCAGCACUCGAAGCACAGCUGCAUCUACCCAAGACGGACUACAGGGUUCAACAAGGACGCUCGUACUUGCUGCAUCAUCUGCAGGACUCUCACCCAGCUCGCUCAGUGCAUCUGCCCAGCUACCUGGCGCAAUUGCUAAAGCAAGCAGUCACGUACUCAAUAGUGCGAUGAACAAACAGCCCACCGCUGCUGAAAGUGUGGAACACGAAAACAUUGCUGCUACUGGAGAAACACCAUCAGCAGCCCGACCAUCUAGCUUGUCAGCCGACUCGACAAGUGCAUCAUCAUCAACGAGUGUACUUCACACCGUUCCUGCUAGUCCACGACUACGAUCUCAGGCUGCCAGUCCAGACCUACAUGGCGGACUAUCUACCGCAGCCAGCACACCAUCGGCACCCGUCCACACGACCGCCCACGACGAAGACACCAAGAAGCUGACCUCGGCCGAAAAGGCCAGGGUCGAUCUUGAGGAAGAAGUCGAAGAGAACUCGCAGCCUCAACGCGAGCAGGCUCGACGACUACCCCUCAAGUCUGGCGCAAGAAUGACACAUGGCCACCUGAGUGCUGUAGCCAGCAGCUCCAGUAGUGGUGCAAACGUUCUCGCCAACAGUCAAACUGCAGCACUUCAAGCAGCAGCCAUGACUGUACAGCCUCUACGUCACCGUCACAAGCGAUCGCCUGGACAGAUCCUUGCUGCUACAACCUCUGCAGACCUUGGUCUCGAGGAAACAAGGGUUGCGGCUGCCAUUUUGGUGGCCCAGGUCUGUGCAGCAUGGGAGGCCGCGGCUGGUGCAUUCGUGCAAACCAUGCCGACACGCACAACAUCUUGUGGAAGCAACGAUAGACUCUGCUCUUCUUUGUCUGUUCCUAGAGCUGUGUUGUCGGCUGCUUAG